GUCAUCCAGCUCCCGCUCCUUGCUGCCAGACCUUUGUUACUGUCUAGUGUUGAGAAGCAGUAUGGUGGCGUUUAGCUGUGUGUGGAAUUAGACCUCCAGACCCCAGUCCUGCCUCGGACACUUACAGCUAUGUGAUCUUGAGCUUCUCAUCUUACCGGUGUGCGCCUCAGUUGCCUCGUCUGUAAAAGUCUACUUCGUUAGGGUCUUGUGGAAGAUUCAGUUGCCGCUAGGAGACUGCCUCAGGUGUGAGUGGGUCCAGCAGGAGGAGACAUGGCUGCCAAAGUGUUUGAGUCCAUCGGCAAGUUUGGCCUGGCAUUAGCUGUUGCUGGAGGCGUGGUGAACUCUGCCUUGUAUAAUGUGGAUGCUGGGCACAGAGCUGUCAUCUUUGACCGGUUCCGUGGUGUGCAGGACAUCGUGGUAGGGGAAGGAACUCACUUUCUCAUCCCUUGGGUGCAAAAACCAAUUCUUUUUGACUGCCGUUCUCGGCCACGUAAUGUGCCAGUAAUCACUGGCAGCAAAGAUUUACAGAAUGUCAACAUCACCCUGCGCAUCCUUUUCCGGCCGGUUGCUAGCCAGCUCCCCCGCAUCUUCACCAGCAUUGGAGAGGACUAUGAUGAGCGUGUCCUGCCAUCUAUCACUACAGAAAUCCUCAAGUCAGUGGUGGCUCGCUUUGAUGCUGGAGAACUAAUCACCCAGAGAGAACUGGUCUCCAGGCAGGUGAGCGAUGACCUUACGGAGCGAGCAGCAACCUUUGGGCUAAUCCUGGAUGAUGUGUCCUUGACACAUCUGACCUUCGGGAAGGAGUUCACAGAAGCGGUAGAAGCCAAACAGGUGGCUCAGCAGGAAGCAGAGAGGGCCAGAUUUGUGGUGGAAAAGGCUGAGCAACAGAAGAAGGCAGCCAUCAUCUCUGCUGAGGGCGACUCCAAGGCUGCAGAGCUGAUUGCCAACUCACUGGCCACUGCGGGCGACGGCUUGAUUGAGCUGCGCAAGCUGGAAGCCGCGGAGGACAUCGCCUACCAGCUCUCACGCUCUCGGAACAUUACCUACCUGCCGGCUGGGCAGUCAGUGCUGCUCCAGCUGCCCCAGUGAGGCAGCUCGCCCGCGCCUCCUUGGGCCAUCCGGGCCAUAGCUCCAGUGGGUCUUCACACCGCCUUCCUUCUGCCCCACCCCAGAAAUCACUGUGAAAUUUCAUGAUUGGCUUAAAAUGAAGGAAAUAAAAGUAAAAUCACUUCAACUCU